AUGCCUUCUUUCAAAAGCAUACGCAGGCAGGUCCUGUGGAAUUUGAACUCGAGAUAUAUUUACGGGCGCUAUGUGAGUUUCACUCGGUCGUUGCCUCACCUAUACAGCCGUGAAGCUGACCUGUUUGUGCUCGCGACANNGCCUCUCCUACACACCUUAGUAUUCAUCACCGAGUUAAUCAUGGUUUCCUUCCUGGUAUCCAAGUUCAACAGCUACUAUGCUGCGAGGCCAGGUAUGAUUGACCUAUUGCGACGAGUUUUGCGAACGUGCGCUGACCCGGAUAUCNNAGUGCUCACGACUAUGGUCACCAACGCCUCUCUUACAGCAGUCCGAGAACGCGCCGUUCGCAAACCUGGCGGCCCCGACCCCAAUUCCGACAGAUUGGCCAUCGAAAUCCAUGAGGUCGACCGUAGAAUCUCUGAGGAGGAGCUCAUCCCCGACUCCAAGGUCCUGCCUCCACCAUUCGACUUUGAGAGGUACGAAGAAUCAAGAGCAAGACACAAAGGUUCGAAAGUGCUGAUAAGCUGGGCNAGAUUGACAAGAUUCAUGGCAUACGGUUUUAUCAUGGCCCCAAUCCAGCACAAGUGGUUCGGCUUCCUCAACCGCAUCUUCCCUCUUGCAAAGGGAGCUGGCACCAGCGCAGCAGCCAAGAGAACGGCCUUUGACCAACUCCUCUUCGCACCCGUCGGUCUCGGAGCCUUCUUCACCUUCAUGACAGUUGCAGAGGGAGGUGGUCGCAAGGAGAUUCAGAAGAAGUUCCAGGAUAUCUACAUUCCCUCGCUCAAGGCCAACUACUUGGUCUGGCCUGCUGUGCAGUUGAUCAACUUCAGAUUGAUGCCGCGUCAGUUCCAGAUUGUAAGUGAUAUCCAAUCCGGAGGGAAAGAUUGA